UCGCCGGCCUCGCGUUCGAGCUCGCACGGCGCUGCAGCGGAAACGUACGUGCGUCCAUCUCCGUCUCUCUCAGCUGCUCACACCGCCCAGGACAUCGCCCGCUGCGACGCCGUGCCCGCCGUCGACGCCAUCGAGACGCGCGCGCUCCCGUGGCACCCCGUCGCCGCCCUCGAAAACGACGACCCAGCGAACCCUAUGCGCAUCCGCAUGGCCACGUGGGUCAAGUCGCUGCAGGACCACAUCGUCCGCACGAUGGAACAGAUCGAGGCCGCCGCCCCGCCCAACGAGUUCGCCCCGUCGCCCGCCCCGCCCACCUUUCUCCGCGACGCCUGGAUCCGCCCCGAAGGCGGCGAAGGCUCCUCCUGCGUCCUCGCCGACGGACGCGUCUUUGAAAAGGCCGGCAUCAACGUCUCCGUCGUGCACGGCAAGCUCCCGCCCAAGGCCCAGAUGGCCAUGCUGCCGGACCACCCGAGCCUGCCGGAGCCCACCGGCACCGUCCCCUUCUUCGCAACCGGCCUCAGCAUCGUCAUCCACCCCCGGAACCCACACGUGCCCACCGUCCAUCUCAACUACAGGUACUUUGAGAUUGAAGAUCCCGAGACCGGGAAACCGAAAGCGUGGUGGUUUGGCGGCGGGUCCGACCUCACCCCGUCCUACCUCGACGAGGCCGACGCCGUCCAUUUCCACAAGACGCUCAAGCACGCCUGCGACCAGCACGACGAGCGCUACUGGCCCGACUUUAAGCAGCAGUGCGACAGGUAUUUCACCAUCACCCACCGCGGCGAGUGCAGAGGUCUCGGCGGCAUCUUCUUUGACGAUCUCACCACCACGUCCCCCGUCCAUGCCCCGCCGGACGGCGCCCAGGGACCAAGCGCUGAAAAGAUUUUCGAAUUUGUAAAAUCCGCUUCCGCCGCCUUCCUCCCCGCCUACGUGCCCAUCGUCUACAAGCACAUGAACGACAGCUGGACGCCCGAGGAGAAGAGGUGGCAGCAGCUCAGGAGAGGGAGGUAUGUCGAGUUCAACUUGGUCUAUGAUAGAGGUACCAAGUUUGGGUUGAACACCCCCGGCGCGAGGAUAGAGAGUAUCUUGAUGUCGUUGCCGGAAACGGCGCGAUGGGAAUACAUGUCCCCCUUGGGCAGGGAAGGGUCCGGAACACGCGAAGAAAAGCUCAUGGAGGUUUUGAAAAAUCCUCGUGACUGGGUCUAAUUGUCCAACGUAGAAAACAUCCCAUCUCAUUUCAAUUCUCAUCAUACUCGCCAUAUCAGGGAAUUAUGCAUAGCUUUAAUAUCUA